AUGAAUCGCUUUUUACGACUUUUACGUCCUAUUUCUGCAAGCAUUGAUGCCAUUUGUAAUGUUAAACACCGUACAAACCUUGGCUACAAAAGAGAGAAAAAUCCAUCUAUUUAUAAGUCGACUUUUAAAGUUUCCGUGCGCCAAAUAUCGUCGGUAAACAAGUUCGGCGAAAAUGAUCGCGAUAGUCUAUACGAUCGUUUUUCGAUAUUGGGAUUUCUUGCACCCAUCUUUGCAUUUUCAAUUACAAAGUUGGUUGCAGGAGAAAACGAGCAGGAUGAGGAUGAUUCAACAUGGCAUAAAGAUAAUUUGAAACGGAAUAAAAUCGGAAAGUUUAGUCGGACAAGCUCAGUGUCAACAUUUCAAAAAAUGAAGUGCAUCAGGUCGGCGAAAAGACAGCUAGAGUUUCAAGACAAAACAGAUGAAGAAAGCGAAAUAUGUUUGACACGGAAAAGGACUGUGAGUAAAACAAUUUUAGUUUAUAGAACAAGAAGCUAAGCACUGAAGUUUAAGUAAACAAUAUACUCUGUCAGAGCGUUUCUAAUAUAAAUACUGUAUGAUUUAUUUAAAAUAUAGAAAGCAAACUCUGAAAUUACAUCUUAUUCUCAGUCACUUGAUGGUUGUCGUAUUUUUGACCUGAAGAUUUUAAGAAAUACUCUUUCAAGUUGCAGUACAUGCCUAAAAGGUUAGUUACCAAAAAUUAAAUUAUGAUCACUUUUGUCAAAAUAAAAUGCAAGGAAACUGAAUGAGUAAGUCAUGUAUUAAUAUUAUUCUGCAAUAAUAUGACUAUUUUCUUUCAGGUCCAUUGUCAUUUAGCAAUAUAUUAAAGGAAGAUACUGUUGGUCUUGCAAGUGUGUUCAAAAUCAAAUGCCAUGUUUGUGGUGCCAUAAACCAUCUUGAAACUUCUCCAACCCACAGAUCAGGUAAACGUGGAAAACCAACAUUCAAUAUUAACUCCCAAGCUGCACUAGGAUGUCUUCACACUGGAAUUGGUAAUACACACUUGAAUAAUCUGCUGUCAACAAUGAACAUUCCAACCAUGAACCAUUCGACAUUCAAAGCACGGGAACGAGAAGUGGGAAAAACUGUUGAAAAUGUUGCCCAAAUAAGCUGCAAAGAAAAUAUGAACAUGGAAAUGAAUGAUGCUGUGGUGGAUGGAGCAGAACCUGAUGGUAAUGGUUUAAUUGGCAUACCAGUGUCUUAUGACAUGGGCUGGCAGAAGAGGGGGAAGGGACAUAAUUCACUUACAGGACAAGGGAUGGCUAUGGGACUGAAAACUGGAAAGGUGUUGGCUUAUGCCACAAGAUGCAAAUACUGCCGAAUAUGCCAAAAUGCAAAAAAAAAUGGCAAAAGUCCACGAAAACACGACUGCAGAAAGAACCAUACCGGUUCAUCAAAAGCAAUGGAACCUGAUGUGGCAUGUGAACUUUGGAAUGCUGCGCCAAAACAAAACUUAAAGUUUUCAACCUAUGUUGGGGAUGACGAUACUACCACACUUAGCCACCUAAAUCAGAAUGUGCCAUAUGGGGUCGAGAAAUGGUCAGACAUUGUGCAUGCUAAACGUUCAUUAACAACAAGAUUAUAUAAUCUUUCUAGCCGCUGUAAAUUCCCAAAUUCAUCUACUCUGAGUCAGAAAGUGAUCAACUAUCUGGCAAAAUGCUUUUCGUAUUGCAUAGCCCAAAAUAAAGAUGUGGAAAGUUUACAGAAAGCAUUAAAAUGCAUAGUUCCACAUGCAUUUGGUGACCACAAAAAUUGUAAAGAAACAUUGUGUGGUUUCAAGAAGGAACCUUUGACAUAUAAACACAAGGAUCUCCCACGUCAUAAAGAUUUGCAAGGUGAACAGUUAAAAAGUGCACUUACUUCUUUACUUGAUGAAUAUACAACUGAAACUGUUGUUAAGAAACUUGUACCAUUUGCAAAUUCCCAACGUAAUGAAGCACUCAAUAGCAUCGUAGGAAGCAAAAACCCAAAAAUAAGGUUUUACGGUAGCAGUGAGAGCAGUGACUUUCGGGUUGCUUGUGCUGUAGCACAAAAGAACAUCGGGUACAGUUACAUCAACAGUACACUAAACCAUCUUGGUAUAGAGCCAGGGAAUAUCUGUAUCACACACAACAGUAAACUAGACAAAAAAAGGGAGAAAGAUAAUUACCGCAAAUCAUUAAAAACCUGCAAAGUAAGACGUCAUCUCCUUCAAAAUGAACGGAUAACAAAAAAUACCAAAAAUGAAGUUAAAGAAGGCAAAACAUAUGAAACUGGUAUUGGUCUUAAUUUGUCAACAGAAAACACACCAGGUCUUGCAAAUAUUGAAUCAAAUGCAAAUGAUCACCAGUUAGAAAAGUUAUUCAAAACAAUUACUAAAAAACAAUGUGAGGAAUUUGACAAGCUUGUUCCACAUUGUAUGGAAAGGCCGCAGGUAGUAUAUAAAACUUACAGCCAAACAAUGCCCUACCAGUUUAUAAUAUUUGACUUGGAGACUUCAGACACUGGUUCAAAGGCAGAAAUAUGUCAACUAUCUGCGAUCACUCAAACUGGUUCCAUGUACUCCUCUUACAUUAUGCCUAAAAGUAACAUAAGUCCUGGGGCAUCUAGAGUGAAUAAUCUUACCGUUGAAAAUAUAAAUGGAACAAGAUCAUUGUGUAAAAACUCUGUUCCUGUUGCAGCAAUGUCCCUUGAAAACGCCUUGUCAAGCUUCAUCAAAUUUAUACAACAAGUUUGUUCCAUCAAUUCCUGCGGUACUCAAUCUAUACCAGUUCUUAUUGGCCACAAUGCAGCUGUCUUUGACGUUCCAGUACUUUUACGAAAUUCGGGGAAAUUAUACGAUGAACAGCUUGAUCAGAUCAAUGUCAAUUUUGGUGACAGCUUACCACUUAUCAAGUCUUUAAUUCAAAGCCAGUAUGCCCCUCUGAAGUUGACAAAUGGGGAUUACUGUCGUGCAAAUAUAAGUAGUGGUUAUCAGUGCUUGUUUAAAGACGAGUUCAACUCCCACGAUGCCUUAGAGGAUGUCAAAGCUCUUCGAAAUAUAUUAUUCAGUCCUGAACUAGCAAUUGACAUCAGAACUAUAGUCAACGGCAGCCAAAUACAAACAGUUCGUGAUGCGAGAAUGGACUUGGAUUACAUAGACAAACGACUCGAGUUUUUCCAAACGUUUGUAGGAGGUUUAUAUUGUCCACAAGCAAGUGAAAGUCCAAUCACACGCAGCAUGACUUUAAAAAUCGCUGGUUCUGACUUGUCUUACAAAGACUUUUGUUGUUUGCAUAGAUAUCUUAUAUACACUAGAUAGUGCAUCUAAUUAUUCUGAAAUUCAAAAAUUGAAGCCGUGAUUGCAGUCUCAGGUCGUUCCCAUAAUAUGAGAAGAUUCGUAUGUUUUCUAUUUCUUAAACAGGGAACCUAAACAUUAAGUUAACCGUAUUCCAAAUACGUUUUUAAACUAUUCAAGUGAUGAAAGUUAUUGUUGUUUUUAAGCGUUUAUUAGCAAGUGGGAACGACCAACAUGGCCGCCAUCUGUUCAAAUGGGGGUAACCGCUGGAAUAUUCUUGGCUUCAAUUUUACUAAAAGAGAUGCGCUAUCUAGUGCAUAUAAAAUAUCUAUGGUUGUUUGUACCAAACAUUCGGUGAUGCUGGCGUCGUUGGAAUAUUAUCAAGAGUGCAUUAUUGUCAACAACAACCAAAGUGUAUGCGAUCCGGUGACAAGAAACCACGAGUAACGAAUCAUAAAAGGAUUCUCAAAAACAUUUUACUGCACUUUAAAUCGAAGUACGGAUAUAAAACUCACGAUCAAGAACAACAAUAAAAUCCCCAUGCCGUUUCUUCAAACGUUGCGUGUUUUGUUCGGUCGCGUGAACUUGCGCCUGCGAAUACAUGUACUCGCAUGUCAAUUCAUUGAUCCUGCAGAAGGCAAAAAACUUUGGCCGCGCCGAAUGUAGACAUACAAAACCUUGAUUAUUGAGAAGACGACUUCGGUAAGGUACCCUGAAAUUUUGCAUAGAAAUAGAUAUAUACUCGCUAAGUGUAAUAAUACAAUAUCUCAAAAAUCUGCAAUGCGAAAUUUUAUUAAAAGGCAAUUUUCAAUUCUGCAAAUUUGGCAUUACAGAUUUUUUUUAAACUUUCACACAAGCUUCAUUGAAAGAAAUAAAAACGAUUACCUAUUUAAAAAAUGGGGGUCACCGACCUCAUUUCUGAAAUAAACGCCCGUAUUUGCCAUAUUUUCGAAUGUUUGCAUGCGUAUUGUUGCCAUAGCAACAGAGCAAACUCGCGCAUAUUAAUUCUUAAUCAAUUCGGUAUUCUUUACUAGCCUCCUCCGCAGGCAACUGUGUAGUUCUGCAACGUUAUUAACCAUAAAAGAUUUAUCAGGAACGUAGAAAAUACAAGGAAAUACUAGUUCUGAAAUACGAUAUCAUAUUAAUAAACACUGGAGCGUAAAUUAAAAAGGCCUGGAGCGGAAAAAUAGGGAGGCGGGAAAGGGGCAGGGCGAGAAAAGCGAAGGAGGAAGGAAGGAGAGUUGCCUGCCAAAAAUCGACAUAUACAAUGAGAUCUGCGCAUAUAGCCCGCGCACGCAAUUUCAAUCCUAGUAGGAGUGGAGUAGGGAUAAAAUGUAACGACUUGGCAGGGGAGAGUAAAGUCGCAAAGUGAAACCUAAAAUAUGGCGGACAAAUGUUCUGAUACUGAUAUGUGGUUUUUAGUAAACGCGUUAGAAAAGCUGUCUUCCGAUCCCCCAUUGUGGCCUGAUACAGCCAAAAACUUUACAGUUACAUGGCGUAAUGAAAACUUAGCGGUUCAAGCUAGUUCACCGUUUGAAUCAGCGACGAAGUUUGCGUUUUGUUUAAACGAAUUUGGAUAUUUAUCAUCGGAUUCUGUUAUGUCAUCCGAAAUCGAAGUUCUGGAUGAAAACAGCGAUAAGUAUAUUUAUAAUGUUAUCCUACAUGAUAAAAUACCAUCUAUUGAAUUGAAUUUUGUGUUAAAAAACACCACAUCUCGUUACGAUUUGAAUGAUGACCCUUCAAGUACGGUGAACACACCAAGAACACGAAGUAUUGUUGAUUUAGAAAGGGACGAACUUAUAGACAAUACUUUGAAGCACUAUUUUGGUUUUACUGGGUUUCGCCCUUUACAAAGGGAAACAAUAGUUGCCACAAUGAAAGGCGAUGACGUUUUAACCAUUGUGGGGACAGGUGGUGGUAAAUCUUUGACUUAUCUCUUGCCUGCUGUUAUAUCCGAAAAGACAACGUUUGUUAUUGCUCCUACAAAGUGACUUAUAGAUGACAUAAUUGAUUCAUGUGGACGUUUGAAGAUUUCCUCGUGUAAAUUUACUGGGGACAUCCCGAAGGAAGUACGAGAGAGUCAGCUGCUUAACUUACCAAAAUUUAAAGUUGUUGUGGUUACUCCUGGAAUGCUGGAAGAGGGUGAACUUAUUAAUGCGUUAUAUCAGUUGAUUGAGAAAGAGAAGCUUGAAAGAAUUGUGUUUGAUGAGGCACAUACUAUUGUCAGUUGGGGAAAUACAUUUCGCCCUGUUUAUAAACAAGUGUGUGAGAAGCUGGCUAAUAUCGUAGUUCCCAAGUUAUUACUGAGUGCAACAGUAACUGGUAAGCUAGAGGCUGAACUGAAAACGAUUUUCAGUGCUUUAAUAAGGUGGUUGUAUCCCUUUAUUAAAUCAUUUUACAAAAUUUCUUCAAAAUUUUGGUUUAGUGUGUUUUAUAUAUUUUAUAUAUUGUACUUUCAGAAUUUAUAGUUAUUUUUAUGAAAUUUUAUUUUUUAAAUGCGAAAAAUGCUUUUAAAGUGGUCAUGAUCAAUAAUUUUCUCCCUAGCAACACCUUAGCAACGAGUUUUUAUCCAAAAUUGACAUGAAUUAUUAAAAAACCGAGUCUUUUGUAGUUUCUACUUUUGAUGUAUGCUUUUUAAGGUCCUUCUUGUUAGCUGCAAUUUGAUUGGUUCAUUUUGCAUGUACGUGGCAACCCCUUUUUUCAUAGCAACUUCGCGGUCAUUCGCAAAGCUCUGGCUGUAAACAUAGCGUCGAAAAUCUUUGUUAUUUCUGAUUAUUUAGACGAAAAUUACCGUUCUUUGUUGAAUAUUAGUAUCGUUCUGUUAUUUUGUUUGUGAUUACCGAUAAAAAUAUUGGAAAUAAUCGAAAUAGAAAGAGAAAAAAGGCAAGAAAUUCACCGUCAAAGAAGGCCACGAAAUUCAAGAUGGCGGCGAACCAUGAUGAUCAAAACCCUAGGCCAUCUAAGAUGAAAAUAGACGAUGUAAGUGUAAAGUUUGGCUACAAUUCUGGUCAUACUGUUAAAGCAGGUACUAUAUUUAUGGACUUGUUAGUUCUGUUUGGCGUUUUUAAUCAAGUCCUGAAAUCAUUGCCUUGAGUGUGGGAACAACAUGACUUCCCAUGUUGACGUGAAAAAGAAUAGCUUCUCCCAUUACAUUGUCAUGCAAUGUUAUAACAUGGAGUGUGAAUGGAAAUUCUGCUUCCAUACUUCACAACAACAAGGGGCCAUCAUAUGAAGUUAAUAUGGGAGCAGUCCUUGGCCUCCUGGCAUUCAGAGAAAUUGGUCGAGGCCAUAAUACUAUGGUAACAUUCACCAAAGUAUGACAAAGUCAUAAACAUGCCAUCAUGGAAUCACCAUAAAUCAGCUGGAACUUUACAAAAAUGCUAAACAAGCUGCUGCCUGUUGUGAAACAGUUGGCAAAUGACAGCAUGCUAAACAAUGCCAUGAUUAUAAUUGUUUUUGUUUGUGGAAACACCACGUAAAUUUAUUGCUGCAAAGCUUUCGAUCCGUAAGCCCGGAUCUUCAUCAGUGCUAAUAAUAUGUGACUUGUUUAAUUCACACGCUCUUUUUAUAUACAAGAGUGUCGUGAUCUGUUGGCUCGCGUCAUUUGAAAUUUAAUUAAACGGCACAUCAACCACGUCAUUUCAAACGUAGUGAAGUGAUUCCAAUUAACGCGCGCGCAUCCAAGACAAGAGAAAUUAAUUUUGCACAUUAAAGAGAGCACGCCACGUACUAUCUAGUGGCUUUCCCUCCUGAUCUAUAGUAUUGUGCUUCUCGAUUUCAAUUGACUCUCUCAGUUUGCGAGAGAACUUAUGACUAUCAAUCGCCAAAAUGGUUGCUUCGUCCCAUUUUAUACGAUGGCCGUAGGUGGUUGAUGUGCCGUUUAAUUAAAUUUCAAAUGACGCGAGCCAACAGAUCACGACACUCUUGUAUAUAAAAAGAGCGUGUGAAUUAAACAAGUCACAUAUUAUUAGCACUGAUGAAGAUCCGGGCUUACGGAUCGAAAGCUUUGCAGUAAUAAAUUUACGUGGUGUUUCCACAAACAAAAACAAUUAUAUUUUAUCGCCAUGCAAAUAUUCAAAGAACUUAAUGCCAUGAUUGUUAAAGAGACUUGUGGAAAUGACAAAGGCGGAUGUGGAAUUUCCCUUGAUGGAACUUGGCAAAGACAAGACCAUGUGUCGCACAAUGGUGUUGUUUCCGCCAUCAUUAGAUACCAAGAAAUGCCUUAAUGAACAUGAAAUACUGUCAGAUAAAUGUCAGAAAUGGCAAAAGAAAGAAAACAACCCAAAAUAUCAAGAGUGGAAAGCUAGUUGCCACUGUAAGAUCAACCAUGCUGGACAUGCCAAUAGUUUAUGAUGAAUCACAAAUUACAUUCUCACCAAAAGAAAGCAGAGAAACAAUUAAUGGUAGAUGAAAAACAAUAGGGCAUCUGAGAAAAAGUAUAUAGAUGAGGCUGAAGAGAAAGUAGGUAUUGUGUAUGAAGUAGGGGGCUUCUGAAGUUUUAUAAGGUACAUUAACUGUAAAUGAAACUUUUAAAGUGGAUUUUCUCUUUUUGGCAAUUUGACAUGUGUCAGCAAUACUUGGACCUAUGUAAUUUUCUAGGUUUUUAUUAUAGAAGCUUGAUACUUUGCACAUCUAUAGUCCGUACCAUUGUUCAUUAUGUGACACUCUUCAAAUUGCAACAUUGUUCAUUAUUGAUGAAUUAUUAACAAAUUACAUCAUACAUAUUUAAAUUAAAAUAAUGCAAAAUUCCAUUUUUGGCUCUAAAAUUUUUUAUUAAUGAAUUCUGGAAAAAAAUGAAGAGUGUCACAUAAUAGAUGAGGUCCUAAGCUUUUAAAAAAUAUAUCACUCGUUAAAUUUGGGUAAUUGGUUAAUGAGAGAUGAAGUUUGCGACGCUAGGCAAUUAUAUAUGGCCUAAUUAAGAGCCGCCAUAUUGGAUAAUUAGUGCAAUUAGUGACCUUGUUAAUUUUUUUUCAUAGUUCAUUUUACAUGACCUAACCCUUUCAGAAAAUGAUAUUUUCACUUUGUUAUUUUUAAAAAUAAAAAAAAUGGUUUGAAGGGAUGCAACUACCUAACUGUUCUGAGAACAUCAGUUUUUCGGGAAAACCUUUUCUUAGAAGUGAAAGAACGAACAAACAAAUUUUAUGAUGAAGUGAAGGAUUUUAUUUUGGAACAUAAAAAUGAAAGUGGGAUUAUAUAUUGUGUUUUGCCAAAAGAUGUUGCAACAGUUCAUGCGGAACUUUUGAAAAGGGGAGUGCAAUCUGUCAAAUAUCAUGGGCAGUUAUCUGAAGAUGUUCGAGUAAGUAACCAUAUCAAAUGGUUCAACGAUGAGUGUCAUGUUAUUGUUGCAAAUUCCUCAUUUGGAAUGGGCAUUGACAAAAAAGAUGUCCGAUACAUUAUCCAUGCACGCAUGCCAACAAGCUUAGAGGAGUAUUAUCAACAAUGCGGACGUGCUGGUCGAGUUGAAUUGCCCUCGAAGUGUAUUUUAUUCUACAGUUAUGGUGACAAAAGAGAAGUGAUCAAGUUUCAACAUUGA